GAACAAUCCAGGCAUUCCUAGGAGUUUUCUACUUGUUGAUGUAGCUCCUUGUGAGUUCUUGGCUGCCUCCCCUUUGGUUGAGGAAGAAGCCAGAAGGAGCCUUUUUGGAGAUCCAUCUCAUCUGUCUUCCCCCCCUUCACCUUUGGUGCCACCAUGAUGCCCCUGUCCAGGACUCAGCUGGGUCUCUUCUUCAUUCUCCUGUGCCCUGCCAACAUCAUAGGACUGUGGUGGGCAGUUGGCAGCCCCUUGGUGAUGGACCCCAACAGCAUCUGCAGGAAAACCAAGCGCCUGGCCGGCAAACAGGCCGAACUGUGCCAGACGGAACCGGAGAUCGUGAGCGAGGUGGUGAAAGGGGCCAAGAUGGCGGUACGAGAGUGCCAGUACCAGUUCAGGUCCAGGCGGUGGAACUGCACCAGUCAUAACAAGUAUUUCGGAAAGAUCCUGCAGCAAGAUAUCCGGGAGACGGCGUUUGUUUACGCCAUAACGGCGGCCGGGGUGAUCCACACGGUGACGCAAGCCUGCAGCAUGGGGGAGCUGAUGCAGUGCGGCUGCGAAGUGACGCGGAACUGGGCGCCACCGUCCCCUCAAGCCAAUGGACGCGGGGCAGAAGGAUCCGCCUGGGAGUGGGGAGGCUGCGGCGAUGACGUGGAGUACGGCUACGAGAAGUCGCGGCAAUUCAUGGACGCAAAGAGAAAGAAGGGGAAAAGCGACAUCCGCACCUUGAUUGACCUCCAUAACAAUGAAGCAGGACGGAUGGCAGUGAAGAACUACAUGAGGACCGAAUGUAAAUGUCACGGCCUCUCCGGUUCCUGCACACUGCAGACAUGCUGGAAGAAAAUGCCUCACUUCCGGGAAGUAGGAGAUCGACUCCUCGAGAGAUUCAACGGAGCCUUUAAGGUUAUGGGAGGGAACGACGGCAAAACAAUUAUACCGGUCGGGCACAACAUCAAACCCCCCGAUAAACUGGACCUGAUUUACUCCGCCGACUCCCCUGAUUUCUGCCAAGCAAAUCGAAAAACUGGCUCCCCAGGGACACGGGGCCGCGUGUGUAACAGCACCGGGCUGGACGUUGGGGGGUGCGACCUGCUCUGCUGCGGCAGGGGGUAUCGGGAGGAGACUGUGGUGGUGGAGGAGAGCUGCUUGUGCCGCUUCCACUGGUGCUGCGUUGUAAACUGCAAUAAAUGCACUGUAAAGAAAGAGCUCAGUAUUUGCUUAUGAGACGGACUGCGAAGAGGAGGGACCUACCGCCCCCUGAAACCACUCUUCUGGCUCCAAAUGUGGGGCACCGGAAUAUCGACUGAGGAUGCCCCUCUCUAAAAAAAAAAUAGUUGACUAAUGUGACACGUGAAAAGAUUGUCAGCUCGCAGACUAGAACAGUCACAUGACUGCGCCUCAUGGCAGAUGGAUAUGUUUCAAGGACGUGUCUGCAAAAAAAUGACUUGGCAACAAAAAAGCAGUAUCAUUUUAUAGAUAAUAUAUAUAUAUGUAUGUAACGUAUACACAGGAGCAUAGUUAUGGGACUUCCAUUAAAAUGCUGAGCAAUGUUUUUAUCUAAUCCUAUGGAAUCCAUCCUAGUGGCUGUAGAGUCGCCAUCGGGACCCAGCCCUAGUAAUGGGGUCCAACAUCCAGCGUCUCCCCCUCAUGAAGUGAUAUCUCAAACCAGCACUGGACCCCUGAUUCUGCCUUUUUACCUGAGAUCUCCAGCGCUGCUUGGCCCGGGAGGGAGUAUGGUGGCCUCCAAAUGUGGACCCUCACUGAGGGCAUAUGUUAUAGGGUCAGUGUUUGGCACACCAUUGGUUCCGGCUCGGGCCUUGUGUAUAUCCCCUUCGCCUCUAAAUUAGUGUUUCCCAACCAGUGUGCCUCCAGCUGCUGCAGAAUUACCAGUAUGUUCACAGGUUCCCUUGUGGUCCGGCUUGCAGAGCCGCCAUCUUUGUCCAUUAUAACCUCCGAGCCCCAUUUCUGUAUACUCAGCACUUAUUCUCCAGAGACGGGGUCGGGCUCAGAGGACAGUGCCUCUUUUUACUGACGUCUUCCGUCUUCAGACCAUGAUCAUGGUUUGAUGGUUUUGACUGUGAAAAUGAAAUUCUGAGACUUGUCAUUUGUGAAAAAAAACAAAACAAAAAAAAAAAACUGUAAACCUCAUAACAGGAAAUCCGCACCUCGCAUGGGCUAUGUAUUAAUGGAUUAUGUAUUAAAGGGAUCUUGUGUUAUGUAAAUAAAGUUUAAUCUGUGUAUAAUGAAAAAUGAUACAACUUUGUGUUUCAAAUUCUCAAUAUUUUCAAGAUCUCUGCUUACUGUCAAUGACUGAUAACAUUUUUAUUUAAUUAUUUUUUUUUUUAAAGGUGCAAAUCUUUUCAUUAUAGUUUCUCUCUGUAACUUAUGAAAGUGUAAUUUAAUAACAGUACAAUACUUUUUACCUGCAGUACAAGAUGAUUAGGUGACCCUUCAUCAAACCAUACAAAAUGAAUGGGACACUACAAACUCCCACUCUUUCCAUUAUAUGAAUAUGAGCCUUCAUCUGCCUGACAGCAAGGAUCCUAAUCCUACAAAUUAAAUUGAAUCCAAGUAAUUGUCUGUGAGCUAAAUAUAAUUGUUUUUACAAUUAUUUAACUAUAUCUGUGAGCUUUCUUCUGCUCAAUGUUUCCAUUCACUGACAGCUGGAAAAAAGAUUGUGAAAAUAGUUAAGAAUCGAAACACAAAGUAUAAUAGAACAUUUCAGAUGUUCCCAUCAUACAAUGAUUAAUAUUUAUUCAAGGGACACAUGUUUUGAGGUUUCCUCUUUACCAGGAUCACUUACUGUGCUUGUUGUGUGUUGCCUACAGGAGGAUAGCGGUGGUUUUGGAUGUUGCUCAUUCUUGUCUGAGUUUCAUGUAAUCUCCAUUACUGGUCAUUGUACAGACUCAUUGCAACCAGGAAAUGUGUGUACUAUAAUCUUGU